AUGUCGAGCUUGCGCGGAGGUGCUUUGAAGGGGACCACCGUCAACGACAAUAACAAGCAGCACCACAAUUCGCCUGUUCAACUUGCCGGCGACAACGCCGAUGAAGAAGAAGGGUUGCACCCAUUUGAACUUUCUGAAGAAGACUAUGCCGACCCGUAUACGUCCAACGGUGAUCAUGACCACCAUCUCACAGGCACCAGUCCCGGCUCCAGCCCCGAAAAGCAUCCACGCGCCGGCUCGUCACGCCGCCGGCGGUCAAGGACGCCAAAAGGCCCAGCGUCAGCCGCCAUGAUCCGUCGACAAACGUCCCUCCGCCGUCGCAUGCACCACGAAGAGGAACGACGAACCCGACAAGGCCGCUUACUCCUCGUAUCCAUGCUCGAAAACUUCUGCGCCCUCUACGACGAGUCGCCCGAACGCAACCGCCGAUUAUUCUACGUGAUCUGCAAACAGCUCGCGUCGAUGGGGAUCAUCGAGGCGCACGAUUUCCUCGACGAACUAGCCAGCGUCCGCGGCGCAUACAAGCGAGCGUUCAGGGAUCUCGUCAUCCGCGCCAUGGACGCCAUCAAAGAGCAGGAAGGCCCGUCGGCGCUCCCGUUUGAAGCGAAGGAGUUUGACAGGGUGCAACAUCCUAAUGGCGGCGGUGGCGGGAAAUCGCCGCUGAUGUCGACUAGGCAGGCUGAUAACCUCGACGGGACCCGCUGCGUAUCCCCUCUGAUGCCGCGCGACUCGAAUUUCACGCGCAACCGUCGCGUCCAGCUCACACACCGAAGCCCGUCUGUGUGGGAUGCGCAUGCCUCGCGAUACUCCGAGGAUUUCGAAGAAAUGAACGUUCUGGGCCGUGGCGCGUUCGGACGAGUGUACCGCGUGCGAAACAGGUUGGACGGCAUUGAAUACGCCGUCAAGAAAGUCCGUCUGAAGCUCGGCACCAACACAUUGGAGCGGAUCCUCCGGGAAGUCAAGUUCCAGGCGAAGCUGCACCACCCGAAUGUGGUCCGCUACUUUUCGGCGUGGGUCGAGGAUAUUGCCGAGCAUUCAACUCAUCGGGGUGUACCUGAUGGAGCGGGGGUGAAGCAGGACACGGGCCAGCAUCCUGAUGACCACUUCCAGAGCGAUUUCGAGACGGCGAGCAGGACGGUUGACACACUUCCCUCUAACAUCCCGUACCGAAGCAGCACGACUGAGGACAGAUGGACGGACAGUCGGAUCACGGAGGUCCUUACUUCGGACAGUGAUCUGGGCCUGGCGCCGUCCGGUGAUGAAGACAGUCUGGACAUUGUGUUUGCGGAGGAAGCAGAGCCUGUCAUUGACGAUACCACUGGAACCCCCUCGCCGGAUGUGUUCACCGAGUCGUCGGAAGACUGGUCGACCUCCGCUUCGAAUUCACAUAACGAGGCUACAGCUACACCCAAGAAAAGUUUCUUCAGGAAGCCGUCGCAGGUUCCGCACACCCCAGAAAACGAGGAAGACAAUGAUGUCAACGAUGAGAACGGCCAUUAUCAAGAAGAAACCAACCCCCGCCGCACAUUCAACGACAUCUCAACCCUCCCCGCCGCCAUAAAAUCCCUCGUCUCCCGCAACCUCUCCACCCCCCUCCUCGCCACCUCCCCGCCCCUCUCCCUCCCCACCCUCCCUUACGACGUCAACCUCACCCUCCUCAUCCAAAUGGAACUCUGCUCCCACACCUUACAAGACCAUCUCCGUAAACGUAACGCCCUUCUCGCCUCCGACCCCUCUCAAACGUUGGAUGUUGAUGAAGCACGGUGGAUCUUUAGAGACCUGGUGGAAGGGUUGUUGUAUGUGCAUAGUAUGGGAUGCAUACAUAGGGAUAUCAAGCCGAAGAAUAUUUACUGGAAGGAGAGGCAUGGAGUGGGGAGGGGGGAUGGACGAGGCGGGGUGUGGAAGAUUGGGGAUUUUGGGCUAGUUACUGCUAGUGAGUUGAAUGAUGACACCCAGUGUGAGAGUGGGGGAGAGAGUGGGAAGGAGACGCCGGUUGGGUCGCCUGCAUCGGUUGAGUCGCUGGAUAAAUGGCGUGCAGGGACUCCGAAGGCGGGGGUUGGGUCGAGUGAGGGGGUGAAUAGGAGGAGACAGAGCUCGUCGAGGACGUCGAAGCGGUCGAAGAAUGGGAGUGAUCGGACGGCUGGGGUUGGGACGUUCACCUACGCCUCCCCCGAACAACUCCACCCCUCCCCCACCACCCCCUACACGCCCGCCAGCGACAUCUACUCCCUAGGCAUCAUCCUCUUCGAGCUCCUCAACCCCUUCUCAACCCAAAUGGAACGCGCGCAACAUCUCGCUCAUUUGCGUUCGGGGGUGUUUCCAAAGGGGUUUGAGGCGCGGUUCCCGGUUGAAACUGGGUGGAUGAGAAGUAUGAUGGGUGGACGGCCGGGGGGGAGGCCGGGGGCGGCGGAGUUGUUGGUUUGGGUUGAUGAGCCUGUGGUGGGUGGGGGGUGUCAGACCCCGAUUGGGUCACCCACCGAUCAAACGACGCCCACGGCUGAUUCCUUUGCGAAAAUACCGACCUCUACCCCUACUACGACAGCGACGACGACGACGACGACCACACCGGCAUUGAGUUCGGCGGGAUUACAAGUUACACUCACGCCGCCGAUACCGAUACCGGUACCGAUACAGGACGAUGGGUUGGCGGAACAGAACCGCGCGCUUCGGGUUAGGGUUGAGGAGUUGGAAAGGAGGUUGGCGGGGAUGGGUGUCGAUGUUUGA